GCAAAAUAUAUUGCAUUCAUGACUGCUAACAAUGGCUUUGAAGGGAAACUAAACCUCUGUCGACUCUUUCAGAUGCAGGGCUUCUCGCACUCGCUCCUUUGCUUCGCCACUUUUCUAGUUCUCCUUAUUCCAAGGAGUAGCACUGAAGGUGGAGUCUGGUGCUCCGCCUGUGUGACCGCCUUCCUGUAAUUGGAGAGGAAAGCCGGAGAUCGACCGAGGGCGGCGAGCUCUACGAUUAGAUCGAUGGUGGCCGCGGUCCCGGCAGCCGCCACCACUUCCCCCGCCGCGUCCCGGAACCCUCCCCGCAGUCACAAGAACACUUCGCCCCUUCCGCGUCGCGAUGAUCUCCAGAACCCUCGUCGCUCGCCGCUGAUCCCCUCCGAGAAGAGCAAUGCCGCGGCCGGCGCAAGGCAGCCUCGCACCAAGGAUAUCAGUUCUCGCUACCUCUCAUCUUGUGGUUCCUCCUCGUCCUCUUCCUCCACCUCCUAUUCUACCGCCACUACGUUCUCUUCUUCGAGCGGUUCGUCUAGCUCGCGGCGCUUCCCGUCGCCGAUGGCGGCCCCACGGUCCUCCACGCCGCCGGUAUUGCCCCAGUCCGCCGCCCAGAAGCGGUCCCACUCCGUCGAUCGGGCUCGGCCUUCCACGCCUCGCGCCGAUCCCCGCCCGGCCCCUGCGGAGCCCUCCCCCGCCGCGCGCGCUCUCUGCUUGACGACCCGGAGCCUCUCCGUCUCGUUCCAGUGCGAGUCCUUCUUCUACCAGACCAGCCGCGCUAAGGCCGCCUCCCGCAGCCCCGCCAGGAAGUCCACUCCCGAGCGGCGGCGAGCUAGUGCCUCUUUUGCCUCUCCAUUGAAGGUUCGUGAUCAUUUGGAUAACUCUAAGCCCUUUGAAAACCACCACCGAUGGCCCUCUUCCACAGCCCAGUCGUCAAAUCCGUUGAUGAGGAUCUCGAAUUGCUCUUCUGAGAAGAAAGAACCGAUUUUGGCCACCGUCAGGUUCCAGCAGUCGAUGAUGUUUGAUGAUAGUGCGAGAAGGGCUUCGUUCGAUGGGUGUGACCUAUCAGCUUCUUCCGAUACUGAUAGUGUGUCCUCUGGGAGCAAUUCGGGGGCGCCAGAAUUCAGUAUGCGCCCGCGCGCAAAGGUGACUUCCAGAGGGAUCAGUGUCCCAGCAAGGUUUUGGCAGGAGACGAAUAACCGGCUGCAUCGUUAUCCCGAAACUUGCUCCCCACUAUCUUCGCCGGAUUCAAGGUCUGUGGUACACUCGAAGCUGGGUGUGAUAAAGAAGUUGUCAAUGGACAGCCCCUUGUCUUCUCCAAGGUCAGUUUCCUCACCGCUCCGUGGACCCGUGAGACCUUCUUCUCCAAACAAGCUUUCCGGUUCACCAUCAAGGGGUAUGGCAAGCCCUUUGCGGACAAGGAGUAAUGUAUCAAUGAGCAGUUCACUGGUUUGUCAACCAGGCAAUGCACCUUCAAUUAUAAGCUUUGCUGCUGAAGUGCGGAGAGCAAGGAAGGGGGAGAAUCGGAUUGAGGAGGCUCACAUGUUGAGGCUGCUUGAUAACCGGCAUUUACAAUGGCGAUGUGUUAAUGCCAGGUUUGAUGCUGCACUGUUAUUGCGGAAACUAACUGUAGAGAAAAAUCUGACUGAUGCAUGGGUAACUACCAAAGAGUUGCGUGACUCCAUUACCAAUAAAAGGAUCAAGCUACAAACUCUGAAACAAGAUUUAAAGCUAAUUUCCAUUCUUAAGGAGCAAAUGGCCUAUCUAGGGGAGUGGUCUCUUAUGGAGAAAGAUCACUUAAGCUCAUUAUCAGAAGCUAUUAAAGCAUUAAAGGCUAGCACACUUCGUCUUCCCAUAGUUGGUGGAGCCAAGGCUGACCUUCUGGAAGUUAAAGAUGCAAUUAGUUCAGCACUUGAUAUAAUGCAGGCAAUGGGAUCCUCAAUUUGCUCUCUAUUGUCCAAGGUUGAAGGAAUGAGUAACCUGAUAUCAGAAAUCACUAAAGUGGCUGCACAAGAGCGAGCACUAGUUGACCGAUCCAGAGGUCUCUUGUCCACCGUAGCAGCUUUGAGUAUAAAGCAAUGUAGCCUGCAAGGACAGUUAAUACAACUGAAGAGAAGAGCCAGCCUGAUAUAGAUACAGAGCAGAUGCUCUUACCAACCUUGUGAUCACUAACAUCACAUCAUACUCUACUUCUUCUGACCGGAGAGUUUGGAGGGAAAUAAAGCAUGAGGGAUUACAUUGCCUGCCGACAGAGUGGUUUUCUUCUGCUGCUGCUGCUGCUGCUGCUGCUAAUAAAAGAAAAGCUCAUUGUAGGAUUUGUAUGAGUGGAGCAUUUCUUAUUCAACAAUCUAUAAGCAAUCACUCAACAACGACCGAGCUUGCGAGUGUUGUCAAGACCGACACACGCUUCGAACGAAUGAGACCCAAUCCUCCCAGACACAGGUUGAGGAGCCUCUCGGCUCGACGGCGCAGUGGUCGACUCACCGGCUCUCACCGCUAGUUGUCACUGAUUCCUCCGUGUUUAUCGGCGGCGUGGCUGGACAACGCCGCUUCUCCUCCCUCCCGCCGCCGGGGGACCGACGACACAGGUCCGGAUCACAGGCCGCCGCAUCAUCUUCGUCGAGUGGAGCACGCCGCCGCUCGGGCACGGAGAAUGAAGAGAACCCCCUGUCAAGUAGGAGGGUAGUGCCGCCGUAGAAGACACUUUUGAGUGUGGCCUGAUAGAGGUGCCAGUUGCGGUCCGCAGCAGGCCCACGGCGACGUUCACUGGGCUGAUGCUUCACCCGUACCAUUCGUACAAGUGCAAAGAUUGGAAUAAAGCUGCAACCAGAGACCCGUCAGAAUGGAGGAAGGGAUCGGGAAAUGAGAGCAUUUGGAAUCAAAUCGUGACUUGUAGGCACGAACCUGGGCGUUGGGAGGGGAAGACGGCGGAGACGAAGGGCAUGAGGGCAGCGCGUCCGAGAACUUGGCAACGAAGAUGUGGGCCUGGGCCUUGGUGGAUUCGACCAUUGAAGACACGGCCGCAGCACGCCGGAUUCGUUGCAGCCUCUGCGGACGAUUCUGCACGUUGUUGCGACUCAUCUCCUCCGACGAUCUCUCGGCCACCGCUGCUCCGAUCCUCCUUCUCAAAGUCAUAGUUGCCUGAACUGAUGGGGGAAAUCUUGCAUGAUGAUCAGGAUUCCACAAAAGGGUGAUCGAUCAGCUAAUCAUGUUCCCUUCAACAUAUCCGAACAGAAUAAACAAUUUCAAUUAGUCCAAUGCUAAGAAACCUUCAGCCACACGUGGUCAACUCAGUUCCUUCAUUUAACCACAAGCAGGCCCAGAUUCCAUAUGACUGAGGAUUACGAUGAAAGUCAUAGAGUAAUUAUCAUCUAAACUGGGUGCAGAAUAUAGAACCCUUACCAUCUAAUAAAGCGUCGUGGACCUCCUCUCUCGUCACAUUCAAUGCCCUCAAGAGUAUUGCUAUGUUUUGCGACUUCUUGGGAUCCAGCACUCUCUUCUCCUCAUCUAAUGGCAGGACACGCUGUCGUCUGCUUGUUGCUUUGGGAAGAGAACUUGAGGUGAUGUUGACAAAUAGAGUCUCGAUUAUGUCCUCGUUCAACCUGCCAAGUGAAGACGAAGAGAAUAAUGCUCAGUCAUGGUAUUGAAAGACUUGAAACAUACAGGGAGUGGGAAGAAAUCUUUAGGUGAAAUCUCACUGAAAUGAGCUUGAUUUCAUCUGGUCCCAGACCAUUGCUCGAUUGGAAUUCGCACUAACUUUGUCCCAGUGAAGAGGCUUCAACUUGGGCUUCGAGUCGCCCUCCAAUUCCUCCACCAUCUCGUGUACUUGAUGCGAAGAACUGGCAGCAAUGCCAACGCCGUGCUUCGUCGGAGGAAGUGGUAUGUUGAUCCGUGUUGCUUCAGGAGGAAGUGGAUUUAGCAACCUACGCCUUGAAGAUGCCGCAACUGGAGUCGCCGGAGCUUUAAUUGGCUGUUCAAUGUUUCCCAUGGUUUCAGUAGAUGGUGGUGGCUGCGGCGGCGAUGGAGGUGGAGGUUGUUGGUCGAUUGGGAGGAUCAUCUGUUUGACCGCAAAGCGGGGUGCAGUGUCUGCCGCGGCCACGGCCAACAACUGCUGCUCUCCGCUGUUAAUACUUGGGGGGCUCCUACGGGAGGCCGGGCUACUCGGGCUCUCGCUGGUGGCGGACACCACCGACCGCUGCGGAGUGUAAAAGGUGUCCUCAUCGGAUAACGUCAUUGGCGGAGGGACCAUUCCCCUCAGCGAAGCCAUGGAACUCAGCGGCGGCAACGGCUGGAGCUCGGGGCUCGGGUGAUGCAUUUCCAGCACCCGCUCCGUCGCGAUGUUUCCGUAAGAGGAUCCGUUCUGCCGCCCGCCAGAUACCGCCGACGUGUCCAUGAUGCCAAGGUAGAGGAAAUCCGGCGCCGCGGAAGCGGGCUUUCGGUCCACCCGCCUGCCGCCGCUGCCGUCGGGGCCGACAAGCUUUCCGUCUUCGGGCGAGCUCCGAAACUUUAGCCGGUACAGCAGGAACCCCAACAAGAACAGGACCACGAGGGCGGGGACGGAAGCGGAGAAGGCGAUGACGAAGACCUUAUUAGACGCGGAGGAGGAGGCCGCAACGGCGGGCGUUGAGGGGACACCGGGGAAGAAGCUGGUUGACUCGUCCGGAGGUGGGUCAACGAACUCCUGAGGGGGCGGUGGUGGGGUCCACUGGAUGGGGUACAGCGGCUGGUGGAGGACCCUGCGGCCGCCGGCGCGGUCGUCCGAGGCGAAGGCGGAGGCGGAGGCGACGGCGGAGCAGAGGAGGAGGGCGAGGACCACCAGUAGCAUCUUCGCGACGAGGACCCGUUUCGCUUCGGGGAUUAAGAGCGACAACGGUGGAAGCUUCUAAAAUUGGCCGCGGGGAUUACUAGUAUAUAUUUGUUAUUAUCCUAA